AUGUCUACCUUUGAAAUAUUACCCAAUGAAAUUUUAAUGAACAUUGUCCGAUAUUCGGGCAAUGCUUAUACAAUAUUUCGAACAUUCUCUGGAUUGAAUCAACGUCUAAAUAACAUUCUUAUCGACAGAUGUUUACACCUAUUUACUGAUCUAUUGUAUACGAAACCUGAUGAUUCAGAUAUUAACUAUUAUUACAAUUGUGAUUCAUUUCACGAGAUAUGUCAUCAAUUUUCAUCUUUGAAAACAACAGAAGACGAUAAAAAUCUUUAUCAAUGUUUUCAAUCGUUAAUUGCCUCUUAUAUUAGAGAAACUUUCAACCGAUUGGGCGAUGAAUUUCAAUCAAAUAUAAAACGAUUUCAAUCUAUACGUGCACGUAAUACUGCUAUUGUAAUUAGUAGCCUCGAUAAUGAAUUGAAGAAUAUGUUUAAUUAUUUACCAGUUGCUUUAUGUCCACAGGAUGCCUACUGUGCAUGGGAACCAUAUUUCUCAUCCGAAUCACUCAUAGAUAUGAAACGAAUUGAGUCUCGUAUUCUUACUCAAGGUGCUAGUCUUGAAUGUGAUGACGAUGAUGAGAAAGAAUUUAAUUUUGCUAAAGCAAUAAAUAAAUGGUUAUUAGCAAAGGCUAAUCUCACUAAAUCUAAUGAUCAACGACUUAUCAAUCCUCUCAUUGCAAUGUUCAAAGCAUUACUAAUUUCUAAUCCGAAGCUUCUCAAAAAUAAAGGCUACACUAAUUAUGAUACGAAAAGUCGUUCUACACACUAUUUUCUAUUAUACUCGAUUUAUCGAUUAAAAUACUUUCAUGAUUAUGCUCCUAAGAAAGAAUGUAAACUUGUGAAACAUUUAUUGAAAUUAUCACCAUUACUCGUUCAUCGAUUAGAUAAGGAUGGAAAUGAUGCAUUACUUUAUGUUUGUCUCAAGGUGCGUGGCUGUCGACAUCGUCUUAUCAAAUUUUUAAUAGCGAUAGGAUGUGAUUUACAAAGAAGAAAUUCGAAACUCGAAAAUUUUAUCGAUGCACUGCAAUUGACACGAAACAAGAAACUGUUAGAAAAGUUAAUCGAACACGAAAUUAUUCAAAUUGAUAAUAUUUCUGCAGAGAUACAAGUUAUUUUGGCUAACCAAUCGCAAUGA